AUGACAGCAUUCGUCGAGUCAAAUGUGACGAAGCCAAGCCAAGUUGUCAUCGGUGUACUUCUACCGGUCGCACUUUCUGGAGGCAGUGAUCCAGAAAGUCAAGCCAUCUACCAAUUCCGAACCAGGAUCGCAACCCUUAUCGCUUCUUCUUUCGACGCCCAGUUCUGGACAUAUGAUGUACUACACAAGUCAGAUACAUACACCCCCGUCCGCCAUGCCCUAGCAGCACUCGCCUCAGCAUACCAGAAGUCUAUCCUCCUAGGCAUCGAGUCUGCAAGUUGCGAUAUGUUUAUCUUCUCGCAGUACCAAAAGGCCAUGAGAUCUCUCUCUAUUUGUUUCCAGGAGACCAAGGUGCUCUCUACUUCUGCAAAGUUGGCUGCCUUGGUUGCCAACUUCUUGUUCACGUACCUUUGCUCCUUGCAAGGCCUUCGCCAAGAAGCUCUCGUUCAUCUGAGAAAUGGCUUGGCACUAAUUCAUGAGUGGGAUGAUCUGAGAUCACAGGGCCAGCAUAUGGUGGCAGACAUACUUGGGCUAUACAUGAGGUUGGAUACGCAAACUCGUGUUAUCUCAACAGCUGAUUUGUGCUCAUUACUACGCCAGCUCGAUGCGAUACACGGCCAAUUACUUCAGCCUUCAAAUAGCCAGGCCUCAAUUUUGUCCACAAAGCACUCCCUCAAGCUUUGGGACUGGCGAUUUGAAAGCCUAAGCGUUACGUCUCAAGAGGAGGAGAAGCAUGUGACCGCUCUCAGAAUGAGACGCACAAUGGUCGAAGUUACCCUCACUCUGGCAUUCAACACAAGUGAUUAUCCAAAAAGCACUAUCGAUACAAAUUGCAAGACCAUUCUUGACCUAGCGCUCCAAUUAAUAAACGACCUUGGGCUCCGACCCGCCCAGGCCGGAUUCUAUCUCGCAAACGGCCUUGUCGAAGCACUUUACUUUGUCGCUGUUACCAGUGAGGACUGGGACUUGAGACAGCAGGCCAUACACAUUUUGCGACAAUACAGGUUCACUGAUGGAGUUUGGGGGAGUAAUGCAGCUGCAGAUCUGGCAGAGGGACGAUUACAGCGCGAUAUCUUCGGGUAUCGGCAGCAGCUUGAGGCAUAA